UAGCUGACAAGGAAUAGAGAGCUGAGAGUGCGCGUGCUUGUUGUGGUGUGCGCGCCUGGAGGGGAUUGUGAGGGGUCGCAGCGCGGGGUAACGGCGCGAGAUUCGGUGGUGCUUGGAUUGUCCGCUUCUGAGCGGACGUGUCGUCGGGAGAAAAGGAGGAGCUAAGGACUCGGGGAUGGUCUGGGACAAUUUUCUUCAGUACGGCCUGUGAGAGCAAUGCUGCCCGGGGGCCCGGACCCCCCGGGUUGGAGUAGGGGGACCGUGUUGGGCCCCGGGCUGUGGUCAUUUGUUUUCCUCCUUGUGUCUGCAGCUAGGGCUCACACAGCAGCGCUAAGCGAGCCCGGACUCAACGUGUACAUGAGCGAGGAGGAGGUGCGGCGUCUUAUCGGUUUGGAUGCGGAAUUAUAUUAUGUAAGGAAUGAUAUUGUCAAUCACUAUGCACUGUCAUUCAACUUGCUUGUUCCCAGUGAGACAAACAGCCUUCAUUUUAGCUGGCACUCUAAAUCCAAGGUGGAAUAUAAACUUGGAUUUCAAGUGGACAAUUCUUUGGCAAUGGACAUACCUCAAACAAAUGUCUCUUUACAAGGGGAUGUACCCCGGUCUUUAUCUGUAUUUAGAGUCGACCUUUCCUGCUCUGGGAAAAUGGACUCUGAGGUCAUGUUACUUAUGCAACUCAACAUAAGCAUCAGCUCAGCCAAAAACAUCACAGUUCUAAACUUCAAGAGGAGGAAAAUGUGUUACAGAAAGAUUGAACAAGAAGUCAAGGUCCCAAUAUCCCUAGACAGAAACAGCACCAGGAUUCAUUUUGAUCCUGUCAAUGUGGCGCCUACAACAUCCACCCGUGUGUUCUAUAUAAGUGUUGGUGUUUGCUGUGCUGUGAUAUUCCUGGUGGCCAUUAUAUUGGCUGUGCUACACCUUCACAGCAUGAAGAGAGGGGAGCUUGAUGACAGCAUGACUGACAGCAGCAGCUCUCAGGGUCUCUCUCAGCCAUCCACCCAGACAACACAGUACCUGCGAGCAGAUACUCCAAACAAUGCAACACCAGUUACCAGCUCCUCAGGUUAUCCAACUUUGCGGAUCGAGAAGAACGACUUGAAAAGUGUGACUCUUCUGGAGGCUAAGGCAAAGGUGAAAGAUAUCGCCAUCUCGAGGGAAAGAGUGACUCUUAAAGAUGUGCUGCAGGAAGGUACUUUUGGGAGAAUAUUUCAUGGAAUUUUGGUUGAUGAGAAGGACCCUAACAAAGAGAAACAAGUCUUUGUUAAGACUGUUAAAGACCAGGCCUCUGAAGUGCAAGUCACAAUGAUGCUAACUGAAAGCUGCAAGCUGCGAGGGCUUCACCACAGGAACCUUCUCCCUAUCAGUCAUGUCUGUAUAGAAGAUGGUGAGAAACCAAUGGUCCUUCUGCCUUUUAUGAACUGGGGCAACCUGAAGCUGUUUCUGCGACAGUGCAAGUUAGUGGAAGCCAAUAAUCCUCAGGCAAUUUCCCAGCAAGAUCUAGUGCACAUGGCGAUCCAGAUCGCUUGUGGGAUGAGCUAUCUAGCCAGACGGGAAGUCAUCCACAAAGACCUAGCUGCAAGAAAUUGUGUAAUUGAUGAGUCUCUCCAGGUAAAGAUUACAGACAAUGCGCUAGCUAGGGACCUCUUUCCCAUGGAUUACCAUUGUCUAGGAGACAAUGAGAACAGACCGGUACGCUGGAUGGCUCUGGAAAGUCUUGUGAAUAAGGAAUUCUCUAGUGCUGGGGAUGUGUGGGCAUUCGGAGUGACGCUUUGGGAGCUGAUGACCCUGGGACAGACUCCUUAUGUUGAUAUUGACCCCUUUGAAAUGGCUGCAUAUCUAAAAGAUGGCUACAGAAUAGCACAGCCAAUCAACUGCCCAGAUGAGUUGUUUGCUGUCAUGGCCUGCUGCUGGGCCUUAGACCCAGAAGAAAGACCAAAGUUCCAGCAGUUAGUACAAUGCCUGACUGAAUUCCAUGCAGCCCUGGGAGCUUAUGUGUGAGAGCUGGAGCUUGCUGUCCACAGGAUUAAACAGCAAGGACUUAACAGACCUCCCAUUUCUGUAAAAAUCGCUCACAGCACAGUGCCUUGGGAUACAUUUAGUCUACAUCCAUUUGUUUUUUUAUUAUGUUUUGUAAAAUACUUUUUGAAUCAGAGUAUUUCAUAGCUAUUCAAACACAUUUUUGAAGCUGAAUGAACACUACAUACAAGAUUAAAGAGAACGUCUUGUGUCCCUGCAAAACACCACCUGAAAUGGAAUCCUUAUACAGUUUUUACAAAGGACACUGGCUAACUUAAAGACAUUAGUGCUAUAAAAAUAUUGGAUUUAUUUUUUCUCCAAAACUUUCUCCUGUUUAUUUUGGUGAACGAAGAUCAAACAAAAAGGAAAAAAAAUUACCUUUAUUUUUUGUAUUUGUUUUUUAUGGUAUGCUUUUGGACUUAAAUGCAUUGUUCCUUUAUAAAAGGAUGAAAAGAUGGGUAAUAACACUUAACAAUGCCUUUGUUAUAUAUGCUCCUUGGUAUUAUGAUUCAACAAUUCACAGUAUCGUUUGUAUAUAGAUAUAAAAUAAUUGUUUAACUACAGCACAAAUAUUUUGAUAUAUUCAGUCAAUCAGCUGUAACACAGCGAAAGGGUUACAAUAUGUUCUUUCCUAAUAAGAAUUGCCUUUUGUAGUAAAGUUUCUAAAUAAUGCCUUUUAUGUGACCCCCUAUUUUUAGACAUUUUUUGGGUUUUAAAAACCAAACGUAGGCAACAAAAAAAAAAUUCUAGUUUUUAAAGGUUUGUGUGUAUAUGUCAUGAAGUCUUCGAUCCAAGUGUGAAAAGGUUAAAAGUAGUAGGCGUUUAAAAAAUUAAAUCAUUAGUUUUAUUUCCCUACUAAAAUAUUCAUAAGGAAUGUAGUCUAUUAAUACAGCAAACAAACAAUGUAGCAGGAGCACCAACAGUAAAAUCUUCAAAUGCUUUAUUCUUAUACCAGUUUAAAAGCGAUUAAGCCAGCACAUAGGACAAAGUUAAAAUACAUGAGUGCAAGCAGUGUGUGAUCCGCUAACACAACUGACGCGUUUCGUGACGUAGCCAUACUCUUAGCUACACACACUACAGUAUAACAGUAGCACAUUAAUUGGUCCUCAUCUGUGACCUGUGAUGAGAGAUUUUAAUACCAAAAACAGAACUGUUUUUUGUUUUGUUUUUUAAAAUAAAUUAAAGAGAAUAUAUUGGCUGUUUUUGAAGAGUUGUUGACUUGUAUAGAUAUCUGUCAAUUUUUCACCAUUACUGUUUUACCAGUUGUUCAUGUUUAAGAGAGAAACAUCAGCACACAGUACUAUAAUUUAGCAUAUUGACAGUCCUUUGACUAUCUUGUUUAUUAGUUUAUAAAAUGGAUCAUACAAAUAGUAAAACAUUAGUAAUGCUCUUUAAACUGAACCCUGCCUCGCUGAUAAUGGUCCUUCAGUGACUUAUUUGAUCUAAGACUUCAUAAUAUAUAUGUUGUGUCCCCUUAAAAAUGAAAUGUUCACUGAUUAUGAAGAAGCACUUUCGUACUUUCAGUCCUUUUUUUUUUUUUUUUAUGCUUGCUUGUGCUUUUAUUUAUUCUUUUACCAACUAAAGUGCUUCUUUUGUAAUUGUGUAAAAUAAAGCUGAACUUCCUUAUAUUGAUGUAUGCUGUGCCCCACACCCAGCGGCAUGUGAAGUGGGCCAUUUUAAUCUUUUCAAACAUCAAGUAUGUAAUACCUUGUUAAGUGUUGCCUUCCCCACAUAUUCAUAACUACCAAAAAUUUUAAAGCAUUGCAAAUUGAAUUGGUUUUAUUGAAUAUUGUCACAGAAGUUUUCUAAACCAUAGGCCCAAUGAAGAGUUUUUUUAUUUUCUUAACCUAAAAGAUGAAUUUGGAUAUUUGCUAUUGGCGGAUAUAUUUUAACUCUUCAUUACUUUAAACAAACAUAUCAUCUUGAUUAUAUUUGCAAUACAUUAUUAUUGUUUAAUUUGUUAAAUAACUGCUGGAAUUUUUGGUACUGAAGAAAUAGAAAUAAUUUUUGGGGCAAUGCAUCAUGUUUUGCUUUUACACAGUGUUAGCUUUUCAGAAUACUUUCGUUUCAGUGCUAACUCUAACUGAUGCAGAAAAAAGGGUGAAAUGCGUUAGUCCAUUGUCUCCAAUGAAAGUUGCUUACCUCAAAUUACCAAUGUAGAUGUUUGUCUUUUUAUUAUGCUUUGCAUUUAUUUAUUUUUUUACAUAUAAAAUGUGUUUCCCUUAA